AUGUCAUCCAUCCCUCUCCCUUAUAUCGCGUUCUUCCUCUGGAUCGAACCUGUCGCAACGUUAGCCGGGGCAUUUUAUGCCUGGCUAAAGCCACACAUAUAUCUACAAUUGACACAUGCGGCCUCGGCGCCUGGUAUCUUGGGCCUGCCGACGGCGACAAACGUUGUCUUGAGACAGCUGGGCAAUCUAUACGUCGCAUUCGCCAUCAACGAAGCAUUCGUGCUGAGAGCAACAAAUGAUCUAAAUGUAUGGCGAACCUUGUUGCUGGGCCUUCUAAUUGCAGAUUUCGGACAUUUGUACAGUUGUUCUCCAUUGGGGCUGAAGUCGUACUAUGAUGUUGCCAACUGGAAUGCGAUGGCAUACGGGAACUACCUGUUCGUUUAUUGUGGCGCACUAACGAGAAUCUGUUUCCUGCUUGGAGUCGGCCUGGGAGGAGCCAAGAAGGCCAAGUCGAAGGCCAGAAAAUCGGUCAGAAUAUCCACUGAAGAGGCCCUUCCCGUGACACCUACUCAGAUGAACAAGACCCCUGCACAGAGCACGAGGAGGAGGAAAAACAAGCCCACUUAA